GGUGAAAUGUAUUAAUUAUAAAUUAAGAUAUAAUAAUUAAAUUAAAAAAUAAGUACAUAAAAUAAAAUAUAAAUUUAAUGUCUGAAAUACAUUUCAAAAGGAAGUAAAUGUAGUCGUAAGUGUAUCAGAAAUGGUUGAUUUCGACGAUGCGAUCAAUUUAUAAACGAAGGUUGUUCUUAUGUUUUAAUAAAAUAUUUCCGCAGUUUCUUGUAGGUUUAUUUUUUAUAUAUGUUUACUGUGAAUAUUUAAUUUACUACGUUACACAACUACAAUGUAGAUGGCCUACCGUAGACAAAAAUAUUAUGAAGAACGAAAAGCCAGUUUAUGCCAUGGUUCUUGCAGACAUUCAUCUCCUGGGUUCAAAAAACGGACAUUGGUUAGACAAAGAGCGGCGAGAGUGGCAAAUGCAUCGCGCAUUUCAAACUGCUAUGACCUUACAUAAUCCUGAACUGGUAUUUAUUUUAGGUGACAUAUUUGAUGAGGGAAACUGGAGUUCUCAAAAGGAGUUUAAUGAAUAUGUGGAAAGGUUUAAAAAAUUAUUUGAAAUUCCCAAAGGCACUACUUUGUACGUGGUAGCUGGAAAUCAUGACAUAGGCUUUCAUUAUAAGAUAACUCCACAAUUAUCAAAUAGGUUUGAAGUUGAGCUUAAUGCACCACCAGUCAGGUUAAUUAGUAUCAGAGGAAAUCAUUUCAUUCUCAUUAAUUCUAUGGCCAUGGAGGGUGAUGGAUGUAGUCUAUGCUCGAGAGCAGUUGCAGAGCUUGAGAAAAUUGCAGAUACCCUCAAGUGCAGUAGCGGGUCAACAUUAUGUAAAGGAAAAACGAAGGUAGCAAAGUAUAGCAGACCAAUAUUGAUGCAACAUUACCCACUAUACAGAGAAUCAGAUAGCGUAUGUACUGAGUCAGACGCACCUUUAUCCAGAAGAAAUCUCUUCGAAGAACGUUGGGAUUGUCUUUCAAAAGAGUCCACUGAGUAUCUCAUUGAGAGUUUAUUGCCUCGAGCGGCGUUUGGUGCGCAUACGCACAAUAGUUGUUUGAUACGUCACAGUUUAGUGCCCAGACCGGAGCAUAAAAUAGAGUUUGUUGAAUAUACAGUACCUUCGUUUUCGUGGAGGAAUAGAUUGGAUCCGAAGUAUUAUUUGCUAACCGUAACCCCGUACGAGGUAAAGGUGGCCAAGUGCGAGUUGACCCGAGAGGUAACAAUUCAGGUCACGGCUGUGCUCCUAAUUCUUGCUCUAGUCGUCUAUAUACAAUACUACAAUACGAGGUCUUACAGGCAUCUAUCCGACAAACAGGUUUAAAAGAAGCAUUCCAUUUAAAAGUGAAAGAUAUUUGUAAUUUCUUCAAUUAAAUGCUAAAUUAUA